AUCUGUGCCAGACGAGUGUCUCCCGAGCUCCUGGGUGUCCUGUCUUCCAUUGCAGCCUUCAUGGCAUUGAUGGCUCUGUUUUUUCUUUACCUCAACAACAAAUUGUCAGUGGAGAGUCCUGACAAUCUGUCACAUCUCAGUGACUAUAAGAACAACCAGCCAGUGCCUCUGAUGAGCUAAUCUAGUGGUCAGCGUGGUGACAGGAGGAACCCCGGCUGAGAGAUGGCCUUCUUCAAGAGUUUCCAGCAGAACCUCCCAUCUGUCAACAUUUCCUCCAUCUUGGACUCAGUCACCAGUCGUGUGGACGAUCUCGCCAACGCCGUCAGCGAUGUCACCUACGCUGUCAGCGACCAGCUGACCGAACAGGUCACUACUAUCAUCGACAAGGUGCAGGAAAAGGAAGAUGGAGAAAACGGCAGCCAGGAAUCGGGUCAGAAUUCCACCCUGCAAGAAGGCAAGUCCGGCAGUAAAAGCAUGUGGCAAAUGCCCAGAGACUCAGAGGGGGGGAACACAGGCUCAAAGAACAGCCAAACUAGUGAUACAACCGAGGCAGAGAACUCUCAGAGCCAGCUGGAGUGGGAAUGGAGGGACGGAUGUUGGCGAGUUAAAAAGACAGAAGCCGAGUUAGCAGAGGAAGAGAGGAGGAAGAAAGAGGAGAAGGAGCUACAGGAGAGGAGAGAACAGAGGAGAAGAGAAAGGAGACAGAAGCAACUGGAGAAAGAAGCCAAGUCUCCGAGAAAUGAAGAAGACUCUCAAGAGGGAAGGCAAGAGGAGAAGGCUGAUGAUUUAGAAAACACAGAAAAGAAGUCAAAUGACCAAUCAGCUGUUCAGCAAAAAAGUGGUAACGGUGAUAAAACUCCUCACUCACCUGGUUGUGAGAGUGAAAGCAGGGUGUCAAAGCCGGAAGAGCAAAAAGAUCAUGAGAAAGAGGGAGAGAAGGUAGAGGACGGCACUGAGCGAGAGGGAGACGAUGAGGAAGAAUCUGAGCUUUCUAGAUCUUCUUCCAGAGUGAAAACGUCGGAUAAGAAAAAGGGGAAAGCCGCAAAAGAGGGUUCGAAAAAAACUGAAAAGGCUUCAGAUGUGGAGAAAAAGAGGGACAAAGGCAAGAAGAGCAAAAAGGGGAAAAAGAAAGGAAACCAAGAGGGAGUUUUAUCAGACAGUGAGGAGGACAGAGUUCCAGAGGGCGAGGCCCAGCAGAAGACAACCUCUGCAUGGAGCAGCACACGCAAACAGUCAUCUGAGCACGGAGGAUACAGCAGCGAGGCCUCCAGUGAACAGGCCAGCAGCAUCCAGAGGAUAAAGAAAGAUUCCUCACUUGGUGAACCUCAGCCUCCUCCGUACCAAGACGAGGGCUCGGGGGCCUGCGUGGGUUCUCGAUACCGCUCAGAGCGAGGGGUCAGGAGAGCGCCGACCCCACAGCGCUGUGACAGCCCCCACUGCUCCAGUGAGGCAAGCGGGGACCAGGACACUGAGAGUUACCUCAACAAAGCCUGUGAUGAGGACAUACCCAGUGACAGCACUGCUGUUCUAGGGCCAGAGGAUGGUUCUGGUCCUCCGCUUCCCACUGCCUACGAACCAGAGCCCCUCGCCAAAUACGGCACCCUGGAUGUCGCCUUUGAGUACGAUUCCAGUGAGCAGUGGCUGGCCGUCACUGUCACAGCUGCAACUGACAUUCCUGCUCUCAAACAGACCGGCAACAUCUCGUGGCAGGUCCACUUGGUCCUGCUGCCCACCAAGAAGCAACGUGCUAAGACCGGCGUUCAGAAGGGCCCGUGUCCCGUCUUCACAGAAACAUUCAAGUUUUCCAGGGUGGAGCAGGAGGCCCUGGGAGACUAUGCUGUUCGCUUCCGCCUGUACAGCAUCAGACGGAUGAAAAAAGAGAAGGUCCUGGGAGAGAAGGUGUUCUACCUAACGAAGCUCAACCUGCAGGGCAAAAUUGCUCUACCUGUCACGCUGGAGCCUGGCUCUGAACUUACAGGUUGUGGCUCUGUGGUGAGCGUGUCUCGCAGUGCGGGGGCUCUGUCCUAUCGCUCCACUGAAGACUCAUCCACACCUGAGAUCCUCCUGGGUCUCAUCUACAACUCUGCCACAGGGCAGCUCUCAGCUGAGGUAAUCAAGGGAAAUCACUUCAAAACCACAGCAUCUGAUAAACCCGUCAAUGGUCUGUUUUGUUGUGUAAAACACUUCGUAGGGGGACAGCUUUAUAUCAUGAGAGACACCUAUGUGAAGCUGACCAUGCUGGACUCAAAGGGAAAGGAGAUGUCCAAGUGUAAGACGGCCGUUUGCCGUGGCCAGCCCAAUCCGAUCUACAAGGAGACAUUCGUGUUCCAGGUGGCGCUCUUCCAGCUGUCCGAGGUGUCACUGGUGGUGUCGGUGUUCUGCCGCCGGAGCAGCAUGAGGCCCAGGGAGAGGCUGGGCUGGGUCUCCCUGGGCCUCAACAGCACCAGCGAGGAGCAACAGGCCCACUGGACAGAGAUGAAGGAGGCGGAGGGACAGCAGGUCUGCCACUGGCACACCCUCACCGACACAUAGGAGGACGAUUUUCCAAGACCGAACUUCCAGAGAGAGCAUUCCCUCUACAUUUUUGGAGCGCAAGAAAACUCCCUGUGGGAUGUGUGUUGUGUGUGUGUUGCGUACAGGUGUGAGAGGUGAGCAUGGGUUCCCAGUCUUAACUGCCAGACUGCAUGAAUACCCUUUAAUCUGCCACCUUUCUCUGAGACAGAUGGGCUGACUCCUGCUUCCGCCUUGUUUACAGGACCAUGUUAAGACACUUCCAGACAUUUUUCCGCCUCUGAAUCUUGGACCAAAGAGCUCGGUCCAGUACUAGCAGGCUCCUUCCUUCUUUCCUUUUCUGGAUUUCAGCUGCCACCAGCAUACCAGACAUUACUCAAUCAGUCGUAGCCACCGACAAAAGACAAUGAAUGAAGAAGACUGUUACAAAGGGCCUAUAACAUGCUGCAGCUAUACUUACAAGCUGUGCUUUCUACAGUUUGUUUACAUGCACAUGACAUUAUGCAAGAUUCAUUCAUAGGUUUUUCCUUUUAGGUUCUUGGGUUAUUCUUCCUAGUCUACCAGUUUUAUGGUCGUUUCUGUGGGCUGUGCGUUAAACAAAGACAGAUUUUCUUUUUUAUCUCGUGGUCUUGCAUAACUCAGUGCACUAUGCAUCUGACGCCACUUUAGAUGAGAGGAAUGCAAUUCUUUCUUGAGCUUGCCGAGUCUCUUACAGAAUUGGACACAGCUCUGCAUGCCACCGCUAUCAAAGAGCAGCUUCCUUUCCUGUGUAAUGCAGAUCGAGCCUGUUUCACUAUUCAGCCUUCUAACAACUCAGCCAUGUUCAUUCAUGUAGAAACAUGGUGCUUCCCGCUGAGGAGGAAUAUGCAAAAGCCUGCACAGGCCAAGUAAACCUGGCCGUUUCUGCCUCGACUGUGUACGCUGUAACGCGAGUUUGAGUGGCGAGACAAAUCACAAGAAGGAGAUGAUCAUAUUUUCUCAUUUUCAUUUUUAAUAAAGGCUAAAAUAAAACGGGGAAAAAGUGUUGUUCAGAACUGAGAAAUCUUAUUAUCCAGGCGAGGGGUUCAUCUGGAACAAAGGCCAUUUUAAACUCAUCUGAAAGAGCAGCUAUGAGUCAGAAAAUCCCCCAUAAGAAUACUGAAGACUGCACAGCCACACCCUUGUAUUAGUGAAUGAAACCAUUUCCCCUGCUUCUGCUGGUUGAAACCGAGAGGCGCAUUCUUCUUUCUCUGUCCCAAUGAUGUCAGAUUUGAACCCUUCUUCUCACUUAUGAAUACUGCAACCACUCCUCGUCCCUUUAGAGCUUCUGUUGGGACAAUUUCAAUUUAUAAUUUAUCA